AUGUCUGCAUGUCACCAUGGAGACAAGGGUUUUCCCGAUUCUCCGUGGACACACUCGAGUAUGAUACCGUACUGUGCGAGUACAGUGGAUAAAAUUAUUCCGGCUCCAUUCGAAAAGACAGCACGUGACGUAGGUAUGAUACCCAGAAUCGCUUUCCCCCGCAAGCCUAAUCUUAAGAGGUUUAACUACCGGUACGAUACCAGUAGCACAGGUCCCCUCUCGCCCACCAGCUGAUCCGAGUCUCAUGCACGCAUUCUCUAGUAGAGUCUCUACUCGUACUGCUCGAGUGCCGGUACGAGUGAUACUUCCGAUCAUACAGGUAACAUCAUCUCCCCCUUGCAACAAAGAAAGGACGGGACGUGUUGAAACUUUGAGAAGAGCUGUGGAGGUUUCCCCCUACCGGUACUGGUACUCGAGGGCCAGCACCAGCACGGUAUCAUACAACACCCGUGCCCGGUUUCACUAGUGAAAAAAAAAAUAGGGAUCAACGUGCGUGGAUAUGAAUGGCAUUGCACCGGCGAAGUCGAGCAUUGAUGGAUCAGAGAAUGUGUAACCUGCUUUGGUUGGUUGAUCAGGUGCGAUCGCAGUCUACUCGAGUACUCGAGUACCGAUACUGUGCUGUGUAUGUUGUGUGUCACAUACAAACUACUAAUAUCAGCAGAGAGCUCUUGCGGGUGGAAGCUCUCGCCUUGAGCAGGUCGGUUCUCUCUCGGUGAGACACCGCUUUGUUUUGGAGGGUUCUCAGUAGUUUCCAAUGCAUGUAUUGGAGUAAACAAAUGACUUUAGAUUACGGACCGCGGAUGUAUGAUACGUUGGGAGGUCAGCUACGGUAGAUAGAUCUGCUCGCAUUAUGAUACUGGUACAGUACCAUGCCAGCGGCCGGUUAGGUCCCUCCAGCCGGUGAAAUACGGUACCGAGAGGUUGUUUAUUUCUUUGGCUUACCGUAUUCGCCUCCUGACAUGGGUCAUUGAAAGAAGCAAAGGGGGGAAACGAACAAGCUCAGUCAAAUGGCAGGUCCCACGUGGUUUUUGCGACGUCGAGGAAACCCCUCCUUCCGCUCCGAUCUUUUCUCUUCUGUGGUGUCGUGCUCGAGUGUGGCAAUCAGGUACAGUACAGGCACAUUUCUGGGCAAGCUUUGAAUUCAUGUGAACCCUUGUCAAAUGGGGGGGGCUUUUUU